UUUUAAUUUGAAUUUCCGUUGCAUCAGAUAACGCUCUAAUUUUACCCGGGCAACGUUCCUCAGGGGCUGGAGCCACAGCCUGGAUAGGACUGAGCCCAUUCAACAUUGAGGGCCUGCGCGCACACCCUCGACGGAGUUCCACGGAGACAUUACCACGAAAUGAACAAGAUGGACGACCAAGCAGAUAUCCUCGUAUCUGUCGAUCUGGGCACAACCUUUACAGGUGUCGCCUGGAUGACUCCACGAACGCCAAUCCAGGUCAUAAACGACUGGCCUGGCAGUGGGGACCGUGGAGAGCGCAAAGUCCCAACGACGCUCAUCUACAAUGAAGACGACACCUUGAACUCAUGGGGCUUCAUGUGUGCCGAUGAUGACGAAUCUGUGCCAGGCAGGACACGGCGUGAGUUCUUCAAGAUAUUCAUUGACGCAGACACCUUGGCCGCAGCGCAGCAACAGGGACUUUCAAGUGCGCCUAGAACCACUGCAGACGCCAGGCGAUUUCUGACGGAUUACUUGAAGCAAAUCUACAUUCACGUGAAGGAGAGCAUUGAGAUGCAGAUCGGAAAACGCCACGUUGGAGGCUGGAAAGAUAUGGCUGUCAAGUUCCUGUUCAGUGUGCCCACAACAUGGACGAACAUGGGCAUCAUCAACACAUUCAAGGGCAUUGUUCGCGAUGCUGGAUUCGGUAUUGAAGGACUCAAACAUACAGCAGAGGUUGACUUGACUGAAGCGGAGGCUGCAUCUGUGGCGACGCUCAAAACCAGCGCCAUCAACUUCAACGUGGGCAGUCUGUUCCUAACUGUUGACGCGGGCGGCGGCACAACGGAUCUCGCACUGAUGCGCAUCACUUCAAACAGUACAGCAUUCCCGCAGAUGUCACAGGUCGCAGCUGUGAGGGGUGUCGGCAUAGGGUCUUCCCUCAUCGAUAGGGCCUUUAUCCGCUUGGUUGCACAACGUCUGGCCGAGUACCCCGAUGUCCAAGACAAACUUCCCGCCGACUUUGCGAUGCGGAUUUCGAGGAAUCACCAUUUCAAGACGGUUAAGCACAAAUUUGGCGAGAAGGUAUAUAUGCAGAAGGUCUUUAAGAUCCAGAUGGAGGGAGUGGCAUACGACUUUAGCCAUCCAGGUCUCCGGAUUGAGGGUGGGCGGAUGCUGUUUACCAAGGAAGAAAUCCAAUCACUAUUCGAUCAGCAGAUCGAAGGCAUCAUGAAACGGAUAAUAGAGCAAUUAGACUGGAUGAGCGAAAAUGGACGCACUGAGCAAGUUGAGUAUAUGAUUCUGGCCGGAGGACUUGGAAGUUCUGCCUACGUGCGAGAGACGAUUCAGCAGCAACUCAUGGCCUGCAACCAUCCCAAUGCACGCCAAGUUGUUGUCAUCCCAUGUCAGGAGCCUCAGCUAGUGGUCGUCCGCGGGCUCCUCCUCGAUGAACAGCAGAAGAUUGAAACGGGAAAUAUGGCAGUCCUGGCAUCACGCAUAGCCCGGGCGAGCUACGGCAUUGUGAUCAGGGAGCCGUACACACCGGCCAUUCACUUUGAUGAGGAGAUUAUUCAGGAUCCUUUCAACCCUAAGCAGAAAUGGGCUUUGAAUCAAAUCCAGUGGCUUAUCCGUAAGGGUGAUGUGAUCAACCCGGGCUCCCCACUGGCCAAGACUUUCGAGAUUCAACUGGGUCCGGGAGACACAACAAGAUCUUGGGACGCCGUGGUCGUCACCUCUCAAAAUGAGCCUUCAUUCCUUCCCCGAAGCUUAAAGCAAGCUGGCGCAACGAAAUUAUGCUCGGUGAAGAGCAAUCUUGCCGGUGUUCAACAGCAUCAGAUGGUUCUAAGGAAAAAGCGAAGAUCCUGGUUCCGAAAGGGCAACUCAUUUUACAUUUGCCAAUUCGACGUGCGGGUCAUCGUCGCUCCUGCAGACCUGCGGUUUGAGCUGUGGUUUGGUGGCUACAAAUUCUCCGGCAACCAUGAGCCAAUCGCUGUCAAAUGGGACUAAGAAGGUCCGACUCUUCUUACAGUGGAUAAGCAAGCCCGAAAUCGAACUGAAAGAAGACCAAAUAUCAACUGAGAGACGGAAUUGAAAUAAUGAAGAGGGGUAAUUUGUCACAAGUAAAUGUGUUGAUAUCAAGGAGUGGAGCUGAGAUCUUUCCUAUAUACCCACGAGUCAAGACAGUGUAGAAUGAUAGACGGUCGGGUAGAUAGCGUGAGUAUCGUUUAAUAGUAUUAAAUUUGCGAAUGACACAUAAAUACGCC